AUGAAAGAAAGAUCGAUCACACAUUUCCUUUUUUAGGCGAUGAGCUUAAAUCUAAUUAACGCAAUUUAGUAAAUGCAUUUGGAAAGUAUUUAAAAGAUAAAAUUGUCUUUUAAAAUUUAGCCCGAAAGUCUUGUCUUUGCUAUAAUACCAGAGUUUACUAAAAAUUAACGGAGUUAAUAUUUUCAGAUUAAAUUUAAUAUUUAUAACAAAAUUACUUACCAAUCAUGUAAGUAUCUAACUAACUAUUAAUAUAUUUAUAAAUCAAUGAAUUAAUGGGGAUAUAAAAAAUACUAAUUAAGAAAAAUUUAAUAUUUUUUCUCUUUGUAUAAUUUUUCUUUUCAAAAUCAAAGGGGUAUUUUGUUUUUAUCACAAUUAAGCCGAUUCUUUGUUUGA